AUGUUUUUCGCCCUUGCUAUCUCGGCUGCAUCAGUCAAAUCUUCCUUCAUUCUCAAUGAACAAUCUACGGAAUACGUAUUUAAUUGCACUGAUAAAUUAGAGCUUGAAGUUCCUUUUGCAAAGAAAAUUUUCCUUAAACUUUGGACACAAUCCACAAAAAUCAAAGCUUCAAAGACAAUCAUUUCAACUAACUCCACAUCUGAGACUGCACUUGAAUUCUCAGGAAAAGAAGCACCAUAUACAACAUCUGUCAAAUUAGAACAGGAGCCAUUCAUUCUUACACUUACAUGCCCAGCUGAAGAAAACAGCACAACAGUUGCCGUUCGCGCUACACAAGAAGUUCCAUCAGAUACUACACUUUAUGCUUUGAUUAUCACUGCAAUUGUUUUGAUCGGUAUUGUCAUGGUCAUCAUCAUGUUCCAGUUCUGCACAUUCCACCACAGGAAGCUUGAUUAA